CGUUCUGCUCACCUCCCCGGAGACUCGCGGACGGGCAAGCUAGGAGACGAUGCCCCGACCGACCAACGUGCGACGCGUGGCCACGGAGGAGGCGUCGUGGAGGCAGCUGCGAGCCAAGCUUGAGGUUGUCCUGCUCAAUUGUCUGUCUUCUCGCGCACGGGUCAUGGCUGCAGCGCGAGCUUGUACGGGCUCUCGUCGCAGCCUGCCCGGUAGCUCGACGGCAUUCGCGACGCAAUCUCGGCGAGUCAGUGUCAAGGUUGCCCCGUGCGCCGCCACAGCACACACGCACCGUUCGCGCGACCCUGCGUUGGCUAACAUGCCCCAGGUACGAGCACGGCUCGCGCACCGUCCUCCGGACGCUGGACGCGGCGAGAACGCGCGAAGCAUGCGCAAGCCAAGUACGCGAGCCCGGGACGCGACACGCCCCACUGCGCCCGCGCGAUAAGCCGUGCAAAGGACGGUCCGAUUAAGGACAAUCAGACGUACCGGGACGCAUUACGCCCCCUGCGUCCAUCACCGUCCUUGGCUUCCUCCGAGCUCCCAGGAGGCGAGCGUGGACGCAGAACGUGCGGGAAGACGACGGAAGGCAUGAAGAUUGCGACGUCCUGUGCGAUUUCUGGCGCCCGGGUGUUGUGCGGGUAUGGCAUCUGCAGUAAGUAGGUUACCCUCGGGCAAGUUGUGGACGACUCGCUGGCCAUGGGCGCCCAGACCUCGAAACUUUUUACAGUGCCACAUCCUCGGGUGUGGAUGGCACAAGCAAAAUGGGACCGUGGACUUCGCGCUGAUCCGGAGGACCGGGCCCAGAGAGUCGCCUGGAGCUUGUAGGGAUUUGGCCAGAUUUGGGCAGCGAGCGUAGCCUAUCGCGAGCAGGGCCAGCCAUCAGGGCAGUGGGGAACGGACUCGACGCUCUGGACGAGAGACAGAAGCUACCCAACAUCGAUGGGAGGCGUGUUUCAAAGUAGGUGGUUCCCAAGAGCCCGUCGCGGGUGUCGAUCCCAUUGGUCGAAGCCCCCCCCCCCCCAAUGAUGACGGUAGGGCCGCGCGAAGCAGACCUGCGAGCACCGUGCUGGCUUUCCUUUUCGAUGCGAUCCGCCCUCGCCUUGGCUUCGCACGACUGGCACAUGAUACUUCCCGCUGGUCAUGAUGUUUCAUUCGGAGCCGCAAGUCAUGUCGCGCAAAACAUACAACUUCCAGAGUUUUCAGCACACGCUCCAAGCUUCGUUUGCAGUUGACAUGCGCCGUUCAAAGGCCCUCGGUCCGCAUUGGAGGAGCUCGGGCCAACUCCGACUGGCCGGUCGCGAGCCGCGGCGCGUUUGCCUUGCCCGGGGGACUCGGGAGAUACAGUAAACCUUAGGAAACUGUCCGGAAGCUAAUGACAUAAUCACCUCGGUCAUUAGAGUCCAUGACGGGUACGAACGUGCAGCGUAAAAACAUUGCUUUCGUCGUCAACGUACAUCUACGUAUAUUAGCCUUCCUAUCGCCACAGCUGAAAGUUCCC